AUUACGACAGUUCGACGGGUGAUACAAAAACACGUGUCUCUUGGGCGAAUUUUAAGCGUCUAUACUGUCGGUAACAGUCGGUAGUUCCGAUUUUUGGUCGUCAAGUCACAUCAGGUUGAUCGCGAGCGCGGGCGCGCGCGCACGCGAUACACGCGAGCAAGUUCGAUCGCGGUGCCGGGAUUUGUCAGGAUUAGCGGAAAAGUGAAUGCGGUAGUCACGUUUACAAUUUGUAUAGUUGUGCACUGCACUCGCGGCCUGCAGCGGCCUGAAGUUGGGCGGCACGGCACGGCGCGGCGCGGCGCGGCGCGAGUCAAAGGGAAAGCGGGCUUCGUAGCGGCGUGGCGCGGUGAGGCGCGGGGCGGCCAUUUUAUGUAUUAGUAUGACGUAGAGGCUGGGUGUAGCUUAGCGUUCUUAUUGUCGGUUGUGCGCGAGGAAAAAACUAACGGAUCGGUGUCUGGUAAGUGUUCGAAUGUUUGAUGAUCGCGAACGUUCAGCCGCGAGUGACGUCAAGUUGCCACCGUCGCCGCAGCGAUCGCUUUCCCGUGGAUAGUCGUCGUGCCGUUUAGCUGUGUGACGCGUGUAACGCGUGGAGGCCGCGGAGGGUAAGAGCAAAUAGUUUCGGUGAGAGGGGAAAGUGUACGAACGGACGAAACGAACGAACGAACGAACGAACGAGCGAGCGAGCGAGCAAACAAGCAAGCAAACGAUCGAACGACGAACAAACUGACGGACGGACGGACGGACGAGCGAGCGAAAAGUGAAAGUGCAUUCGUCCCGGCGGUGCGUCCGUAGCAGCGCCAAGCAGCGCUGAGCGCGUGCGAACAUGAGCGAGGAAAGUAAUCCACGUACGCUGUACGUGGGCAAUCUGGACACCUCGGUAUCUGAGGACCUUUUGUGUGCGCUCUUUUCGCAAAUCGGCGCCGUGAAGGGAUGCAAGAUAAUCCGUGAGCCCGGCAACGAUCCGUAUGCCUUCGUUGAAUUUACGAACCACCAGUGCGCGGCCACGGCGCUGGCCGCCAUGAACAAGCGCUUGUUCCUCGACAAGGAGAUGAAGGUUAACUGGGCGACCAGUCCAGGCAAUCAGCCGAAACUCGACACCAGCAACCACCAUCACAUUUUCGUCGGCGAUCUCUCGCCGGAGAUCGAGACGCAGACGCUCAAGGAGGCGUUCGCGCCCUUUGGCGAGAUCAGCAACUGCAGAAUCGUCCGCGACCCGCAGACGCUCAAGAGCAAGGGCUACGCGUUCGUAUCGUUUGUUAAAAAAUCCGAGGCCGAAGCGGCGAUCAACGCGAUGAACGGUCAGUGGCUAGGUUCGCGCAGCAUCAGGACCAACUGGUCCACUAGGAAACCGCCGCCACCGAGGUCUGAGAGGCCACGGCAUUCCAACAAUAGUAAACCCAACUACGAGGAGGUAUAUAACCAAAGUAGUCCGACCAAUUGUACCGUAUAUUGUGGAGGUUUUACGAAUGGUAUCACGGAUGAGCUGAUAAAGAAAACCUUUUCUCCUUUUGGUACCAUUCAAGACAUAAGAGUAUUCAAAGACAAGGGAUAUGCCUUUAUCAAGUUUACAACUAAGGAAGCUGCAACACAUGCCAUUGAAUCGACGCAUAAUACAGAAAUCAAUGGCAGUAUCGUUAAAUGUUUUUGGGGAAAAGAAAAUGGUGAUCCAAACAGUGUGGGUCCUAAUGCGAAUCAUCAAGCUCAACAGGUGACAGCGGGAGCGGGACAAUAUGCGUAUGGUUAUGGCCAACAGAUGAGUUAUUGGUAUCCACAGGGCUAUCCGCAGAUGCAGGGACAGUUUUUGCAGCCUGCACAAUACUAUGGUCAAUAUUAUGGGCAACAGGCUCAGUAUAUGAACAGCAUGAGGAUGCCCACUCCAGGCGCAGGAGCCUGGCAACCGACGCAAGCCGCUGCAGCACCGCCGACAGCGAGUGCACCCUUGCCUCCAGGCCAACAGCCCACUAUGGUAACAUAUACCAUGCCACAUCAGUACCCUACGCAAUGAAACUGAUCGUUGACCGGCUAAUUGUUACGUACGAUGUAGUUGUCUCGGGGUUAUCGCGAAAAUCGUUCCGACAUAUACCUAUUUCAACAUUUACAUUCGAGUUUUCGAUGAUGUAACUAAUCGUUUUCACGAUUAAUGCGAUUUCAAUUUAAAUCGAAUUUUUUAAAUAGAAAAAAUAUGGUAUGCUGGCGGUUUUUUCUCUAUCCUUUUUGUGUUUCUGUACACAAUCGAUUUGUUCGAACGGCUGAAGACGUUAUUAUAAUUUUCUUUUUUGUCAUAGAAUAUUGAGACACCAAGUCUCACCUAAUGACGAUGCUUUGCAAUGAUGCUUGUACGAUGUAUUGGCACCAUAGUACCGCUGUGCGUCGUAGUGCUAGAAUUUGGUCGAAUUUCACGAUUUUGGCUUCGAAUACACACACGCACGCACACGCACACGUGUGUAUGUGUGUGCGUGUGUGUGUAUGUGUGUGUAUGCGCAACGUUGAAUCAGGUAUAUCUCUAAACUUUUCCUCGCGGCCCCUCCCCGACACUCAACCGAGCCCCGCAUCCGUUGUGCUACGCAAGUGACGUACGUAUGCGGCAAUUUUGCGUUGUUGAUACCUUUUUAAUAUUUUUGCCACUGAUAUCUCGACUCUCACUUCUCCCUCUUCAAUUUCGGAUUGUCGAUGAACAACGCGUGCGACAAAUGUUCAUUUGAGAUAAAUAAGAAGAGUAUUGCUAAUAUUGGACAUAGUUAGUAAGGUAGAAGAGCGAUUAGCUAGACACGGCGCCUGUGAUGUAGCUAGACUUUUGGACGCGUGUAUGCUAAGGUGUGCGGGGCUCCCUAACAAAUAAAUUCUGCGAGAGUUGAGUAACGAGUUACAACUUUAUCUCGUUGUGUGAUAUUUAUCGUCGGUGGUUAAUGUAUAAAAUUUUGCUAUAAUUCUCUUCAAAGAAGAAUAAUAGAAGAGAGAAAGAGAAAAAGUAUGUGUGUGCAUACGCAUGUCGUGU